UGUUUGUUAUGUUCUGCGAGGCCUCAAAUCGAGAUAUUCCUUUUAUAUUUGAAUAUCGGUGGUUUAUAUCCCCAAAGGUCCCCAAGUUAAGUUUUUGACGGGGAAUUUGUGAUUUUUUUUUGUCGGAUCUAGUUGUAUUUUUAGGGGCUUCGAGAGUUGCUUAGAGGUAAGCUGUUUUCGUCGGGCAACGUGGAGGAUUUCCGGUGCGGAUUUCAGUUUUUUUUAACUUGUAAUUGAAGAGUUUUACACAAUAUUACUAUCGCCCGUCGACAAAUUAAAGGUAGCUGCAGAUUGAAACUAAAUUACAAGGCUUCAGUGAAAGAGUGUAACACCACUGUGCCCCCAACAUCGUAGCAUCGACUAUCGUUCACAUGGAGAUAUGCCUCGAUAUGACGAUCGUUAUGGAAACACACGCUUGUAUGUCGGCAGAUUGUCCUCCCGCACUCGUACACGCGACCUAGAACAUCUGUUCAGCAGAUAUGGGAGAAUACGAGAGGUGGAGUUGAAGCGCGAUUAUGCCUUUAUUGAGUUCAGUGAUCCUCGUGAUGCUGAUGAUGCACAAUACAACCUAGAUGGCAGGGAUGUUGAUGGGAGCCGCAUUGUUGUUGAGUUUGCUAAAGGGGUUCCACGUGGUUCAGGUGGCUCACAUGAAUAUAUGGGAAGAGGGCCUCCGCCAGGAACAGGUCGCUGUUUUAACUGUGGAAUUGAUGGUCACUGGGCUAGAGACUGCAAGGCUGGUGACUGGAAGAACAAAUGCUACCGUUGCGGAGAAAGGGGUCAUAUAGAAAGAAACUGCCAGAACAGUCCAAGGAGUCUCAGGCGUGAGAGAAGCUACUCACGGUCCCCAUCUCCACGCCGUGGGCGCGACCGCAGUCGGAGCUACAGCAGAAGCAGAAGCCAGAGUUAUAGCCGAUCUAGAUCUAGAUCCCUAUCUGGAUCUCCCAAGGGAGGUCGCCGAGAUCGUGAUGAGAGGAGAUCAAGGAGUCUUAGCUACAGCAGGAGCCCCAGGCGAUCUGCCUCCCCACCUGCAAAGGGAAAGGAGCGCAGCCCCAUGCCUGACGGAAGUCGGAGUCCGAGGAGCCCCAGCCCCCGAGAUCAAGUGAGCCCGCCACCAAAGGAUAAUGGUGAGCGGAAUGGCUCAGACCAUGUUGAUAGCCCCCCUCAUGGGAGGGAGGACAACAGGAGCAGAAGCCAGAGCCUAUCUGAGGGGGACGAUAACCCUGCCGCCAAUGGACGCAGCCUAAGUCCUAGGGAUAAACGUAGUGCAAGUCCCAUGGACAAUGGCAAGGGUGAUGAUGACGACGACCGCCAAGGUUCCCCAAGAGGAAGUGAGUCCCCGUGAAAACCUGGAAGCCCCAUCCCAGUUCGUAAUGAUGCAGACAUGCAGGGCGCCUAUUUGGCUGUAACGUUUAUAUUUCCAGUUUAAGACACAACACACUGUGUUUGCUCCCUGUCAAACGAUGACUAUUUUCCUGUGUUUUGUGAGGUAGAAACCUGAAGGAUUUGUUGUCUCGAGCUAUGCUUGGUUUGGAACGGAGAUAAGUGAACUUGUUAUUA